AGUUUUGGUGUGGCGGUUAGUGCGAACGAUCGGUUCUUCGUAUACACAGCUAAUACGAUUGAGCAAAGUUUUUUUUUUCACUGAAGGAUAACAUUUGAAGGAAGAAAAAAAUUCGCAGAUUGAAAAACAAAAGUUUUGUGGAUUAGAUGAAGAAAAUAAUUCUGUGAAAGUCAAAAAAAUAUCGUAAAAAAAUUGCAAAACAUCACAAGUGAUCAGAAUUAAGCGAAAAUUGCUAUCAAGUGAAUUUCUUUAAGCCAAUAGAUUGUGACGCGAAAAAAACUCGAUCAAGAUGAUGAACGACGCUUUAGCUGGUAUGAUUCCAUACGAUUCGAUUGGAUUGUAUGAACAGCCAAAGCCGAGAUUUUUCUUCAAAAUGCCGCGAGUCGUUCCGGAACAAAAGUCGAAAUUCGAAAGUGACGAACUCUUCCGACGACUUAGUCGCGAGUGUGAGAUUCGUUACACAGGCUACCGAGAUCGUCCACAAGAAGAGCGACAAAUUCGUUUCCAGAAUGAUACUCGCACUCAAGGCCGUACAGAGAUUGCAUUUGUAGCAUCUGGAACAAAUCUACAGCUAACAUUCACCAACAACAUGACGCCGUAUGGACCACACGAACGUGAAUUGGAUUUCGACAAAGAGCCAGGCAAAGUUCAUAUUAAAUCGCAUAUGAUCAUGAAUGGUGUCUGUGUACGGUUUCGCGGUUGGAUCGAUUUGGAGCGUUUGGAUGGCGUUGGUUGCUUGGAGUAUGAUGAACGUCGUGCGGCUCAAGAGGAUGCCAUUCUGCGUGAUCAAAUCGAACGGUACAAUCAACGUUUGCGCGAUUUCGAAGACAAUAAACGAGCUUAUCGUGGCGAACGACAAGACGAUCUCGAAGCCGUACGACGUGGCGGUAUUGGUGUUGGUGUUGGUGCUGGCAUGUGGAGACGAUAAAUUCAUCGAUUUCAAUAGCACCUUUUUUCAGCGGCAUCACAUUUUUUUACUUUAAAUUACCUUUAUUUAUGAAUUCAAACUUUUGUCAUAUAAAAGUGUGAUUCACUUUGAUGGAUUAUUAUGUAUACAGAAAUGAGAAAAAAAUUACCUUUAUAUUUACAAUGAAGCCCCCCACUUUUAGUUGUUUUAAAACUAACAAUUAAUUCAUUGUAAGCGAUAAUAUUGUAAAGAAGAAGAAGAAGAUAACGGAAAAAAAAGAGAGAAAAACACCAUUUUACGUUCGAUGUAUUUUAUGUUUUUGAUUUUUUCUGAAGCGAAUCUCUCACUAUUAAUGAAAAUAAAAGGCUGGUGACUCCUGUUUAAUUUCAAAAGAAACUCUUUUUGUGUUUAUUUUCUAUUUGCGUUUUUUUUUGUUCUUAGAAAUAUUUGUAGAAUUUGAUGUCUUUCUCUCUCUCUCUCUAAAAUUGAUUUUUUUUUCUUAGCAUAAACUCAACACAUUGAGCCUAAAGUAUCAUCCGGCCAUUCAAAAGAUAUGCACACACACCAACGAUUCAGUCGUUGUAGCAAAUUAAAAUGUUUAGAUUAGGUGCAAUCACAAUUCUUUGUUCGUUUGUGUCGAUCUUCCGUUCGUUUUUUCUUGUCAAUUGGCUUAUGUUAAAUUUUCCCAUUUACAUAUGUAUAAACCUGAAAAAAAAAAUCAUUUGGUGAAAAUUAAUCCACAUCCAUUUUAUUAAUAACUGCAUCAGUCGUGAACAAAUAAAUAUUACGAAUAUUAAGAAUCGAAA